CGGUUAGGUUACAACAGGGUCAGCACUACACAGGGAGGGAGUUGAAUUCAAUCGUGAGAGGUGAUGUAAAAUCAACACAACUAGCUAGAAACUCUAAGUUGAGUAAAAUAUUCAAUAUGGAGGGUGUAACGGAACUACAUUUUAAUCUUAAUGAAUUGGAUAACUCGUUAAAUCUUAAAGAUGGUGAAUAUAGCAACAACCUGAUGACAUAUCAUAUAUCCGAGUAUGGUGGUGAUUUUACAUAUAUUGAACCGAAAAAUCCGCAAUAUAAGAAACUAAAGAAAGGUUUACUUCAAUCACUUACCAUGAGAGUCACAGGUCAGGAUGGUAAGGUGCUAUGGGGUGGUAUGAAGACAGCAGUUACCCUACACAUAAGAGAUACGGCGGACAGAUGAUACAAUAGCAUUAACCGAAUUAAAGUAAAAUAAAAUAAAAGUAAUAUGGAAUAGCAUGGAAUACGGGAAAAAGUUAAACCCAGAGCGUUCGCUUAGAACCGCACAUGGUGUAAAAGGAACGCAUCAAAAAGUAAUUGUCACUCACAACCCAAGUGAGAUUGAUCAGAACCAGUUACUCCUGAUUAGGUUCCCUAAUUUAGGUAACGAUGAUGUCAUUGUUCCGGGUACUUCGAAAAUAAGUUUCGACAUUGAACUCGAGUCAAAAGUCGACACGAAGAGAACAUUGGUCUCUAACAUAGGGAGGGCAAUUGUUAAAAAGCUAGCUAUCAAGUUCGAGGGUACCGAGAUUCUGAGCAUUGAUGACUUUGAUCUUUUCGGGUGCUACAGAGAUUUAUGGUUAACCAAGUCUGAAAAAAGAAAUGCAAUAAGACAAGGUAUCAUCUUUGAUGAAGGGUGCACGGAAAAUUGCAUGAAACUGAGAGUUGGAGCCGCGGAUAAAGACGCAUCGGAGGUAGCGGACAAAGCAAUCUAUGAUGCAUACAAAAACAAGUUCACCAUACCGCUGGAUUUUGAAAUGUUGGAUAGCACGAUUCCUUAUUAUCAGGCCGGAUUAGGUAAUAGGCUGUGUUAUGAGAUAACAUUCAACAAUUAUGACAGGGUAGUAUUAUCAACACCUACCAAACCUUCAGGUUCUGCCACAGCACCGGCGCCGGAUGCUAAAUACAAAAUCUCCAACAUAUCUCUCGAAUAUGAGACAACAAAGGGAUGGUAACGCCGGUGAAAUACAGAAACAUCUGCAACUACAUGAUGUGAAGGUCGCGGACUACCUAACCACGAAAUAUGCUCUAUGGCUGGAUUUCAGAACCAUAGAUGAAAACUCAACCUCGAACCCAGGGCCUGUAGCGUUUUUUGAUAUGAGGAUGAAACGCGUGCGAGGCCCUGGUACAACAGACUUACUCAACCAAUGAGAAUGCGUAUACGGCUUUUUUAAAUUAUGCUAAAAAGAUAAUAAAUGCAGAAGUAUUUUUUGCAAGCACAGCAUUUUAUAGUAACAACAAAUAUGGCGAUGAGCAUUACGCAGAUUUUUUGGUAACUUGUUUAUGAAGAAAAUAUUUAUUAAUUCACGUUAUUUUUGACUUUCCUUGCAUCGUUACAAAUUUAUCGGUGCUGUUCAAAAUUUUUAAACAUUAUUUUUGUUGUUUCACUGAUGGGAAAAAGGCAGCUGACAAGUCAAAUGGAAUGGUGCGAUGAACAUCUGUCCUGCUAACGAAAGUAGCAGGCAAAGGGAAAGAAAAUAUCACACCACAUAAAGUUUAUAGUGGAUGUGAUAAAGUGUGUAGACUGUGUGCUGAGACUGACUUAAAACGAUUUAGUCAAAUUUUUGGAAAUAUUGGAACAUCAAAACAACUUCAAGAGAAAAUACAAGGCACUGUGGGUAUCACAAUUGUGCAAACUGAUAACAUAAAUGAUAUAAUCUGUCGUAAAUGUGAAAGAAAAAUUGAAAACUUUGUACAAUUUAAGAUUUUGUGUCGGAAUGCACAGAUAAGCUUUCGGAAAAAAUUGCAGUGUGAAAAGGGUAAUAUCGUCACCAGAGCAAAAAUGUACCACAAAGAAACUCUAAAAGAGUGUCACCAAAAAAAACAACUGGUUUAUGAAAAAGCAGGAAGCACAUCACAGAAUUCAACAGUGGAAUAUGAUAAAUCUGUGUACCAUAAAGACAGAUUUGUAUUUCAAUCAAGACUAUUAAGUGAAGAUCAAGUUGACCAUAUCAAUCAGAAAGUUAAAUUAAGAAUACCAAGUACAAUCGCAAAUAUCUCAUCUCUCAUACCCAGCAUUUACUUCUCACAAAAAUGUAUCAUCACAGCAUCUAUUGAAAGAAAGUCAAAAGAAUUAUGCAAGAAAAAGAAUGGUAGUGUUUUAUAUGGGACAUUAUUUGAAGAUAUGAAUAACUUUAGUAUUGAGGCAAUUUGGAAUGAGUUGAAGGUUCUUUCAAGAGUGAAGAAUCACAAUUGCUACAGCAUUGAUCCUGGGGUUGAUAAUGAUAUCCAAAGUGAAUCAUCAAUACUUUACGAAGGCAUUGUGUCGUAGUACAAAAAUUCACCAUAUGUUCAUCAACU